UUGAAAACCCGCUGAUAUCUAUAAUACACAAAUAGAGAGCAGAGGGCUUCAUUUUGAAUCGAUACAUGAGAGCAGGGGGACGCCAGUCCCAACCUCGCGCGUGACUCGGAGAUGGGACAAACACAUUUGUUGUUGGAUGCAUAUCGCCAUGAAGCCAGCCUCAUGUUACCAAUGCAUUGCGUGCGAUUCCCUGCAGCCUGCAGCUCGGACUGUUUGAGUUAAACGGCUACAGGGACCUGCUCUGCUCUGACUGACAGUCCUGAUAUUUCCAUCUGGAACUGGUGAUAUGCAAGGCUCCAGGAGGCGGUGAUGGAGCUGCAGGAGUUGUGCUGGCUGUGUCUGGUGGGUCUCUUUCUAACCUCCUUGCUCAUUGUGCUGGGAUGGCUGUUUCAGUACUUGCUGACCGUACUGCGUCUGUGGAGAUCCAGGAAGAUAGCCAAGCAGGACGGGAGAGGACCAGCCCGGCAGCCGCUCCCCCUCACACAGCUCCACCAGAGCCUAGCUGAAAGUGUGUGGGGAUUCCUGCUGAAGCUGGGCUUGGGCCGGGAUGGAGGACCCAUGCCUGAGGCCGGGGUUAAAGGCUUGUUGACCUCUCUGUUCUCCUUUAAGUCCUUCAAGGAGCACUGGCAGAGGACCUGGGUCAAAGCUCUGAAUGAGCAAGCCUGCAGGCACGGGAGCUCCAUCCAGAUCACCUUCGACAGCAGUCUCCAGUUAACUGCUGCCUCUGCAAUAGAUAGUGUGACCUGCACUGACCAAUCGGCACACCGAAUGGUUUUACACUGUAAAUGUUGGGUGGACACAGUGAUGUUUCCUGUGACGGUCACUCAACAGUCACCAGCUGCCAUUUCCAUGGAGACCUAUCAGAUCACUAUAGCACCAAUGGUGGCGGAGGUGGUGGUGUGUCUGGAGGAGGUGGAGGACGAGGGUCUGCUGAUGUCCUGGAAUCUUUCCAAGCAGCCAUCGUUUACUUUGAGCGUGUCUCCAUGCACGCUGCAGAGACAAGACACUGAGGGGGGUGUAGACCUGGACACGAUUAAGGGACUGAUAGAGGAUACUCUGUUCAGCACUCAGCCGACCAUGGUCCUCAACCUCAAGACUUGUGCAUCCAGUCCUCUGGCUCCCAUGGACCAUCUAUCUGUAUCCCAGAGUGUCUUGGUGAAACGACUAAUGCUCCGGCAGCUCAGGGUGACCCUAAGUAAAGGUCAGUGGUCUAGAUCAGGAGAGCUGUGCUGUGUCCUAAGCCUGGACCAACCCUCCACAGAGAGGUCAACAUGCUUCCUGUCUGUGCCCAGCAACCCCAACGUCCCACUGGAAUGGAGUGAAGAAAUCACUCUGGAGCUGGGCCCAGAGACCAAAGAGCUGAGAGUAAGACUUCUGGAGCGGACCGGCAAAAGGGAACAAUUCCUGCCUGGCCACGCCUGCAUUGCGUUGGACCUCCGCUGCAAAGUUCCCACUGGACAACAUACACUGUCAGUAAGCCCCGGCCACGGCCUGGCACCCAACGCUACCGUCACAGCAGAGCUGCUGUAUGAGGAGACGGAGGAGCCCCGCAGAGCCCACAAUGCUUUGCCACUUCGUUCCUCACUCACCCCCGCCAAGAAAGUCGACGUGGACCGAAUCAUCAUGCCAGAUGGAACCAUCGUCACCACCGUCACGACCAUCCAGUCUCGACUGAAAUUGGACCGCAGUCCAGGGGAAUCCCCCUUGUGUUCGCCGUCCAAAGUGGAGGUAACUGAGAAGAAACCCACCAUCCUGUCGGAUGGCAGAAGCAGCACCAGCCCCAACCUCAGCAAGAGCAGCCGCCUCUCUAAUGGCCUGGAUCCUGUUGCAGAGACGGCCAUUCGGCAGCUGACGGAGUCGGCCUCCAAAGUAGCACGGAAGACGCCAACCAAGAGGAGCACGCUGAUCAUCACGGGCGUGUCAAAGCAGGUUCCACUCUCAGAAGAUGACUGUGCGUUAUCGGGCGGCUAUGCUGCAGCCAUGGACGCAGCCAUGCAUAGCAACCAUUACGCGGCGGGGCAUCAACAGGACCCAGAUGAAACCACACCCUCUGACGUGUCGGAGCGUCCCUCGGUGGACGAUAUAGAGUCAGAUACUGGUUCCACUGGCGCCUUGGAAACCCGCAGCCUCAAGGACCAUAAAGUGGGCUUCCUUCAGAGUGGGACGAAGCUGUUAUUCCGCAGAAGACAUCGAGAGAAGGAGUCCUGCCUCAGCCAAUCCCAUGAAGACAUCUCCAACAUGGGCAAUAACUUUUCUGCUGCCACUAACAUCAGCCGUAAAAAGUCUGGCAGCUUCUCUCGGCGUCUCAUCAAACGCUUCUCUUUCCGCUCAUCAGGCAAAUCGAAAGGCAAAGCUACCAAUGGAGGAGCGAGCUCACCGGAUAACUGAUUGUCCUUGUUAGGGUCGGACAUGGGUCAUCUUGACUUAGGCGUCGUUUUAAGGCCUCUGUUAUUACUGUCAGAAGAACAGCUAAACCUUACAAGAGUCCCGUCUUUGACAGGCUGAACAACGCAGACGGGUUUUCACCUCUACAUUGUGAAAGGAGGAUACCUCUGGGAGGGCUUUUCUCUGGAGAGAAAUGAUUGCACCUUCAGGAGAGAAGUCUUGUUUAAUCGCAUCACUUAACUUAAAAUGAGACGAUGAGAUCUAUUUCUUUCUGGGAGAACUCUGCUGCUUGAAGAGAAGGUAAUAAUCACAAUGAAAUGUCUCGGCACUGUUUGAACACACACUGUAGUGGGAGUGUUUGAUUGUGACAGAUGGUGGAGAUGCUUUUAAACUAUUUCAUGUGAUAAGAUGCCAGGAUGAUAUUAUUGGUUACACAGCACAUUGUAAAAUUCCUCAGUUGUGUAACGGUAGUUUAUUAUGUGGUUUUCAUGAAACAAGUGCUAUUUAUUUUACCCCCAAAAAACAAGUCAUCAUAGAUGCAUUACACUGUAAAAUAGAGACAUUGCUUUGUGUUUUUCCAUGCAAAUGUAAUUUUAAACACAUGGUUAAGUAAGUCAAUUAAACAUUGCUAAUGUAUUGGUUUUAGAAUGUUGUUAACUGUUGUAUCUUAUAAGAAGAAGAAAAGUUAAUAUAUUUAGCGUCUUUUUUCUUUUAUAAAGGUACUUUCUGUGGAAUAUCAUAAUUCAUUUCAGUUUACUUUUGAAACUACAACCAGCCAGGAUCUCUCGCAGGCUCUUCAAGCCAGGCAAUAAGUUUAAACUUUUUUCUGUUAGUAAAAAAAACAAAAAACAGGUCCUGCUCUUCUUGACCCGAAUUAGUGACUUUAUCUACGCACAUUAUAGAGACUUCAGUUGACGCUCAUGUUGACAUUUCAAUAUUGCAAUAACUAUCAUUAUUGUGCAGCAAGACCAUAUUAUAUAGUGCGAAAUGCCUCGCAUGGGUAGCAGGCAAAAUUGUUUGCAGGAAUUGCUGACAUGUGAUCACCUCAUAAUCAUAAAUUAAACAAAGCUUAUUCUGUAUACAUAUUCAGGAGCAUUAUCCUAAUGCAUUUCUCGUAGACUGUUUCUAAGGUAUUUCUUUUCAAAUUAAUGUAGGUCUCAUGAGGGGCAAUAUUGCAACAGCUCUGCAGUUUAAAUUGUAAAAAUUGUACUUUGUGGUCUCUGGGAAGGUUUUAGAGAUGCUCGGCUGAGAGCAAAAAUAGUCAAAGUUUUCAACAAUGUGUUGGUUGGAGUUGAUAUACUCAGGGCUAGAAAUGAAACUGCAACUCAAUUUGAGAUAUGAGGAAACCUGCUGUACCAAAAGCAAACUUAACCAGUGAGGUAAAAAUGUGCACACGUUUUUGUCCAUUUUUUAUUUUUAACCGACUGCAUUUAUUAUGGGACGUAAAAACAAUAAAAUUAAAGGAUUUUGAUACGUUCCAAGGUUAUUUGCAUCAAUAAAAUGAUAGCUAUUAAAAUUGAUUACAGAACAAUUAAGAUAUGUGUGAUUUCUGUUGAUAUAUUUGGAAUGUUUAAUAUAUUGCAAAUAAAUUAUUUUUUGAGCAUCAA